UAAUGAAUUUAUUAAACGAAAAGUUGCUCGACGACAUUACACCACAGUUAAUUGGAACAUAUCCGAAUACCUAUGUGUUUACGAAAUCAAUUGCCGAGAGUGUGGUAAAAAAGCAUGUCGAUUCGAUACCGAUUGGAAUCUUUCGCCCUGCAAUUGUGGUACCAACGUAUCGAGAACCUGUUCCGGGAUGGAUCGACAACCUGUACGGACCAGUAGGAAUUACAACAAGUGUUCUAAUGGGAUUAAUGCGAAUAUAUUAUUGCGAUGGGUCGGUAAAAGCAAAUUUGGUACCCGCGGAUCUGACUGUCAAUGGUUUAAUUGUUAGUGCCUGGGAUAUUGCAAAUAAUCGAAGAUUUAUAGAAAUGAUGCUGAAGUAUGGAAAAUUGAUACCGUUUAAAAAGGCAAUUUGGUGCCACAGCUUUAAAAUAACAAAAUGUCGGCCAAUCUAUCUUUUCUAUAUAUUCUUUCUACAUUUGCUACCUGCUCUUUUAAUCGAUACGAUCGCAGUAUCUGUGGGUAAACAGCCAAGGUUACUUGGAAUAUAUAAUAAAAUUCACCAAAUGUCGAACGCACUUGGUUAUUUUUCUACGAACGAAUGGAUGUAUAUAAAUAAAAAAUGGAACGGACUGAUGAGAAAGUUAACGUCUGAAGAUCGUAAAUUAUUCUUUUGUGAUAUAAAAGACCUCAUUUGGAGUGAUUAUUUUCCAACAUAUUUUCUAGGAAUAAGAAAAUAUAUCUUAAAGGAUCCCAUUGAAACCCUUCCACAAGCUCUUAUAAAAUGGCAAAGAUAAUGAUAUGAUUAUCGAAUUUUCAAGACUUUAUUGGAUGCAUCAAUCAUUGAAACUUGUGAUCGUUUGCGGCUUUCUUAUCUUCAUAUGGGCUGUGAUUUCCAAAUUUGUGUAAUAUUCGGAUUUUCGUAAAAGAAAUAUAACUAUGAAAGAAGGUGAAGAGAAAAAUAUAAUCGUAAUUUAUGCUUUUG